UCUCCGCUCCCCCAACUCCUCUUUUCCCGCCGCCACGAUCCGCCACGCGCGCCGCACCGACGCCGCCCUCGCCGCCAGCGAACUCGCCCACAAACAAAUCAGGCCCUUUUCCCCCACCGGGGUCCGGCGAUAGGCACCGCCCUGCCCCUAUCCCCCUUGCCCCGGGCUUCACUGUUUCCGGACGGGUUGUUUUGGUGUCAGUUUUGUUUUUUUGUUCCAAUUUUUUUCUUUUCUCGCUCCGUCGAUCUCGUUGUCGAUUUGCGCGCCUGCGCGGUGGUUCCCUGUUAAUCCAAUAUAAUCUUGCCAAUACAUUGGCGGUUCGAUUGGGUUCUUCCCCCUCGGCGCGCAAGAUACAAUCUUGCCGAGGUGUUGGCGCGGUUCUUCGUGCGAAUAUUCUGGGGGUUCGGUUGAAUACGCAUCUCCCGUAUGAAGGCCGCCCCUUCCCCUGCUGCGAUGGGCGGCACGGCCGGCAAUGGCGGCGGCGGCGGCGGGGAUACCCAAGUGCUGGACGGCGGGACGCCUCCGUUAGGUUCUCCGGCGAGCGACAGCGACAGCGAUGCGACACAGAGCGGGGGCGAUGAUGGUGAUCUGUAUGACGAAACGCAGCCCGUGGACGAGGCUGAGACCCAGCUAGUAGAUGGGGUGGAUGAGGAGGAGGAGGAAGAGGAGGAUGUGGCUGGCGAUUGGGGCGAGACACAGUUGGUGGAGAGUGGCGAGGAGGAUGAUUGUGAUGAUGGUGACCAAGUGAAGACGCAGCUGGAGGUGGAAAAUGGGGAUGAUGGUGGUGGCGCAGAGGAUAAUGCCGGUAAUUGGACUAGGACCCAGUUGAUUCAAGAAUGUGAGGUGGAUGGAGUGAACAAUGGUGUUGGUGGCAUGGUUGAGACCCAGUUGGUUGAGGAUUCUGAGGAGGAAGAAGAGGAGGAUGGAGUAAAUGGCGGUGAUGAACUGAGUGUCGAUGAGUGGGGCAAGACCCAGUUGGUUGAAGACUCUGAUGAAGAGAUAGGUGAUGAUGAGUUGAGUGACAGAACUCAAGUACUGAGUGAUGAUGAGAGCUUGUCUGGUGAUGAGAGGGAUGCAAAGUCAGGAAUGGAUAAAAUGGAUGUGGAGUUGGGAAUGGAAGGAAAUAUUGAGGGGUUAAAUGGGGGGGUUGAGAAGCUUGGUGGCGAUGAGAAUUUGGUAGAAUCUGAUGCUUCAACAGAUGAGGAGGGUGACACGGGUUCAGGUCACAUCCAGAUGAAAUUGCCUUCUGUUCGUGUUGCAUCUGUACGGACAUGUGGAAUUUCUGAAGCUCGGGGCACAAUGUCUGUGAAUGGUAUGCAGCAAGGGAAACAAAAGUUCUCAUCCAGUGCAAUACAUCCCCUGCCAAAAAUUUUAGAUGAAUCUACUUCGUUUAGCACCUCCUUUGGUGGGAUUGAUAAUGACUCCCGUGGUUAUGUACAGAACCAUGAUAAAGAUGGAACUAAGAGCAGAGACAAGUGUUCAACAGCAAAAAAGCUUUUUGCUGACACGACAGCUGAGGAUGGUGAAAGCAACAUCAGAUGUCUUGCUGGAUUAAGCUAUAUUGGAUCACAGGAGCCUGGUGAUCUGUCACAGGCAAAUGCUUUUGAUGUUGUGGAUAAGUUGAUUUCAAUUAAUGGUGGAUUAUCAUCUCAAGAAACAACCCCAAACAAAUUGGAAAUGGCAAAGCCACGUGUUUCAACUAAGAGAGGGACUUUAAUGUUGGCUGAGAAGGUUGACAUUGGUAGAAGUUCCAAUGGGAAGGCAGAAAUAUUUGAGUGGGUGGAUAGCCGUGAAGAUGAUGGAGGAGGUGAUUUUUUCAGUAAAAACAAAGACAUAUUGUUGCAGAAACCAGCUGGCAGAGGAAAACAAAGGAGCCAUUCUACCAGGGCAAAGAUGUCCUCAAAAAAUUCACCCGGAGAAAAUAAAAUAGGGGAAUCCAAGAACAAAAGAAGUCUCAAACUACCUGGGAGGUCUGAAACUCUUCCUUUGUCAGAUUCAAGACUACUCAAAAGUGAUGUGAAGAGUAAGCGGGCUUCUGGAAACAGGACUAAGAAAAACCUUUUCAAGGACCUGGAUGAUCUAUCUAAUGGCAAACCUUUGGAAGAAGAACAGGAAAAGGCUGAUGUAGCUUUGCAUGAUGUUGGUCCAGAUACUCAAAUGGCUGUUGAAGCUAUGGAAGCACUGGUACAAUGUUCACCCGCUAAAGGUCAACCUCUGUCGGAUAGAGAUACUAGAGCUGAGAAGUCUAGAAUAGCUAAAAGUCAUUCAAAGAAUGAUUCUCCUCAAAAGAGAACUAGCAGCAUCCAAGGUGUCACAACACAUUCCAAAAGAAGAAAAGUAACUGCGUCCAACACCAACCCUCAGAAAGAAAAGAUGCAAGAAAAUUCAGAACGUAUAGUGAAAAUAAAACAUAAGCAGACGAAGUCUGUACCAUUGAAGAGCAAAGUUUCAAAGAAAUUUAUCGAUGAAAACAAGUACUGUGGUACACCUGUUGCUCACCGCACUAGGCAUUGUGGUAGGAAUGACCCUUCUGAAUUUACCGACUUAUGUUCUAAUAAGCAGUUGAAGAGAGGCAAGAAAUUGACAGGUGAUGGCUCCACUGUUGGGGAAGUGCAAAAAAAACAUAUUAAGAAUAAUCCGGAGAAACCUUUGAUUAGUGAGAAAACAACUGAAUCUGGUUCGAGUCAUUUUGAAAAAGAAAGUGCAGAACAUACUUGUGCAAAUGAUGAUCAGGAUCUUCAGCAGUCUAGGAAUGGUAGCACACAACGUACCGGUGUAAAUAAUGUUCAAAACCUUGUAGCUUGCCGAGUUGAGCCAACAACUGAUGUUCCAUGCAGAGGUUCCCCAUCACACCCCAAACAGCGAAGAACACCUACAGCAAUGGUGCGGUCAAAGCCUACCACUGCUGCAAAACAUGAAAUACCCACAGAAGUGGCAAGACCAUCCAAGAAAAGGCGAAUUUUUGUAAGAAGUGUUUCUGAUUUACUAAAGUAUGCAAAGAGGGAACCUUCCAAUGGAAGAUCAGCUUCUAUCCUGUCCAGUAUUAUAGCUUCUCCUAUACUUAAUUCUUCUGUAAGAGAUGAUGGGAAAACUUCUGAUCUCAGUAGCUCUGCACAGAGACUGAAGGAAUCCUCCCAUGUUGAGGAUACAAGCAAAUCACCAAAAAGCAAUGCUCAAGUUCAGAAUAGUGUCAUCAGAACGCCUUCAAAAGUUGUUAAGGAGCUGUCACCCACUUUCAGUCCUGUGAAUCCAUCAACAGGCUCAAAUAGAAGCUUGUCAAAGUCUUCUGUUGCAAGAGAAUUACUGAAGCUAGAUCCUGAAAGUGCGCUAUCAAAUCAGCAGAGAAAUGAUUCCAGAAGAAGGAUGGAUAUGGCUACUGUUAGUAUUUUAUUCAGCCAUCAUUUGGAUGAUGAUGUGAUCAAGCGUCAGAAAAAGAUCUUGGCACGCUUGGGAGUUUGUGAAGCAUUUUCCAUGGCUGAUGCAACACACUUUGUGGCAGAUAGUUUUUUCCGCACAAGGAAUAUGUUAGAAGCAAUAACUCUUGGCAAGCCAGUAGUUACAUCAAUGUGGCUCGAAAAUUGUGGACAAGCAGGCUGUUUUAUUGAUGAGAGGAAGUACAUUCUGAGGGAUGCCAAAAAAGAAAAGGAGUUAGGUUUCAGCAUGCCUAUGUCACUGGCCUCAGCUGUCAAGCAUCCUCUUCUGCUGGGAAAAAGAGUCUUUGUAACAUCGAAUGUGAAACCAAGUCAAGUAGUGGUGACUAGCUUGGUUAAAGCAUCAUCAGGACAGCCACUAGAGAGGGUAGGGCGAUCUAUAAUGAAGGAAAACGAUGUACCUGAUGACCUACUGGUUAUCUCAUGUGAAGAAGACUACCAAACUUGCGCACCACUGCUCGAGAAAGGUGCCAUCAUUUUCAGCACGGAGCUUCUACUAAACGGUAUAGUCAUUCAGAAGCUGGAGUACGAGAGGCACCGCCUCUUCACGGACCGAGUCAGGCAGACCCGCUCGUCGAGGUGGUUGAAGGACACAGUCCGUGACCGGUUUGUACAUGUACCCAAGCGUCCCCGUGGCUAAGGAGAACAUGGGUGGUGCAGAUAUUUUAUUUUCAGCUAAAUUAUGCUCCUGCUUCACCAGUCUCCCCUACUCAAGACCAGUGUAAAUAUGUCAGGCCAAACAAUGAAUGCUUGCUCAUCCCCUAGCCUCUCCAGCUCUAGACCACUGUAAAUGUACCGCAAACGCAUUUGCCCUGUGCAGAACGUGGAGUCUUGCUCAUCUGUAAAUUUGUAAUGUUGGUGUUCAUGUUUUGUAGCCUUCCUUUUUUUUCCCCUUGCGCUUCAGAUCAUGCGUUUACCUGGCGCUUAUAACUGAAACUGCUAUGAAAGUGUGUUAAAGGAGUGUUGUUUGAUGAAAUGUAUA